AUGCCACCUAAAAAACGAUUAUCUUUAUCUCGAAAUUCGAGAGAAGCUAAGAGAAUGAGAAAUGUGCGUUCUCAAGAAUCGGCAGAGGAAAGAGCAAAUCGGUUAAACUCUAUGAGAGUUAGUGCCUCAACUUCUCGAGCCAAUGAAAGCUCUCCAGAAAGAGAGAUGCGAUUAGCAGCUGACAGAGCGAGACGAGCUACAUCACGGGCGUCUCAAAGUUCUUAUCAACGAGAGCUAAGGAUUACCAUUGACCGAAAACAACAUGUGUUAUCCCGAGAAGCUGCUCUUUCCCGGGUUAGCAGUUCUAUAAAUCUUUACGUUCACGUGCCGGACGGGUCAACUUUCAACAUAGUUUACCCGGAAGCUUUGCGCUGA